ACAGGGAGAUGGGGUCAUCUUCUAGUCUAGCCCACAAGGUGGCAGGAUGGCCAAGAGCAAGGUGAGGGGGUUAGUGAUGGAAAAUCACAAGGAAGAGAAAUGGGGAGGGGUCUUCUUGCCAAACUGACUAGCAGGAUUCCUGCACAUUCAUCACGGGAGGGGUGGGAUGGGCUCUGAAUGGAAAACUGGGCAUGGCUGGGUGGAGACAGGUGGCAGCUUAGGGGCACCUGGCUGGUGUGGAAAGGGUGCCAGCUUUCAGAGGCACCUAUGCCUCGUACUGAAGGCAAGCCAGGUGCCCUCACAGGACCGUGCUCAGUGCCGUCUGCAAGAGGACACCUCAAGUGCCUGGGGCUCUGGGCAGAGGGUGUGGGCGGAUACUGUUUCUUUCCCAGGAGCCAUGGAUGCCGUGGAACUUUCCAGAAAGCUGCAGGAGGAGGCGACAUGCUCCAUCUGCCUUGAUUAUUUCACCGACCCCGUGAUGACCACCUGUGGCCACAACUUCUGCCGGGAGUGCAUCCGGCUGACUUGGGAGAAGACCAGAGGCAAGAAGGGCAGGAGGAAGCGCAGGGGGGUCUUCCCCUGCCCCGAGUGCCGCGAGCUGUCCCCCCAGAGGGCCCUGCGGCCCAACCGCCUGCUGACCAAGGUGGCCGAGAUGGCGCGGCAGCACCCAGGCUUCCAGAGCAGGGAUCUGUGCCAGGUGCACCAGGAGGUGCUCAAGCUCUUCUGCGAAGAUGACCAGAGCCCCAUCUGCGUGGUCUGCAGGGAGUCUCAGGAACAUCGGCCUCACAAAGUGGUCCCGGUGGAGGAGGCCGUGAAGGAGCACAAGCUGAAGCUGGAGGGCGACAUGAGGCAGCUGCGGGAGGAGAUGGAGAAGACCCAGACGCUGCAGACCAGGGAGCAGCAGGCCUUGGCCGAGUGGCAGGAGAUGGUGAGGCAGCAGAGACGGCUCAUUGUGACCGAGUUCAAGAAGAUGGCUGCCCUCCUGGUGGAGGAGGAGCAGCGCCUCCUGCAGGCCCUGCGGCAGGAGGAGCAGGACACGGCUGCCAGGCUGCGGGAGAAUAUGUUCGCACUAGAGCAGCAGAGCUGCUCCCUGGAGACCCUGCUGUUGCGGCUGGAGGACUGCAGCACCCGAGAGCCACUGCAGAUGCUGCAGGACAUGAAGGAGCCUCAGGCCAGGAAGAACAACUUGAGUGUGCAGUACCCAGAGGCCACCCCCAUCUUGCUGAGGACUGUCUGCAGGGUCCCCGGGCAGAUAGAGGUGUUCAAGAGUUUCCAAGAGAACGUGGUACCCGACCCUGCCACAGCGUACCCCUACCUGCUCCUGUACGAGAGCCACCAGAGGCACUACCUCAGCACGCCACCGGACGGCACGCCCUGCAGCAAGGACAGGUUCCUGGCCUACCCCUGUGCGGUGGGCUGCCAGACCUUCUCCUCAGGGCGGCACUACUGGGAGGUGGGCAUGAACCUCACGGGCGAGGCGCUGUGGGCCCUCGGUGUGUGCAGGGACAAUGUGAGCCGGACGGACAGAGUCCCCAAGUCCCCGGAAAAUGGAUUCUGGGUCGUUCAGCUGUGCAAGGGAAAGAAGUACGAGCCCCCCGUGUCCACCCUGUUCCCCAUCACACUGACGGAGCCCCCCAGCCAUGUGGGCAUCUUCCUGGACUUUGAGGCCGGGGAGGUGUCUUUCUACAAUGCCAGCAGCGGGUCCCACCUGCACACCUAUGUGGAGCCAACCUUCCCGGGCCCCCUGAAGCCCUUCUUUUGCCUUGGGGUCCCCAAAUCCGGCCAGAUGGUCAUCUCAACAGUGACACUGUGGGUGAAGGGAUAGGCGUGUAGGCAGGGAGUGCGGGCACUCCACUUUCUCUGGAAAGUGAGGUGGUCCUGCUGGGCAGCCACCUGCCCUGCUGAUCUCCGGGGAGCACUGGGGGGCCCUGCUGGCCGCGGGCUCACCACGCCGAAGUGUAAUCUCAUUAAAGCAGUUACACCACA